CAGGUUUAGGGUUUGGAUUUCAGACACCUCUUUCAACUUAACGACAAUGUCCCAACGUGCUCAAGACAUCUACCCUUCAUCGAUGCUGUCCAAGGGUCAUGGUUAUCCAUUAUGGCUUCCAGACCUGCCUUCACAUUGGCCUGACGCUUAUCUUUGUCAUGGAACACAAAUCGGCGACGUCGGAUAUCUUGACCAAUAUGGAGGAUUCGAAUAUCUCUUCAAUGUGUGCAAGAGUGCUGAGGAUCUCGUUAAUCUGAACAGGGUUCCUCCCGGCUUUGUUCCCAUUCGGAGUCCUGGGGUACUAAAACGACGUGGUUUCGAUAAGGACUCGGUGAUCACCAGUCGGCUGAGACCAAGUAUGUUUCCUGCUUUCUACUCAACUGAUCCCCUUUUGACUUGUACCAGUAGCUUCCGAUUCCCAAGUUCAAGCACACGGGGCGCAGUACUCAUCCUUCUCGAUGGCAGCGAAUCUUAUGAUUCCAAGAACCCUAGUAUGCUCGCGGAAUAUGCAGCUGCUAACGCUCAUAGCUGGUACAAAUACAUUAAUGACGAACAGGGGAGGAUGGUCCCGAACGGUUCGCUAUACCUAGUCACUGGAUGCGACAAAUGCCGCUCUUGGGGUAGCGGAUGCUUCGCAGACUGGCAUCCUACACUGGAAUUCUACACUCCUGAACCGGGAACGUCGCACUACCGGUGGGGGAACCACUGUGCGAGUGGACUUCACCUUCGGUGUCACCACAGCGAAGGAACAAUUGCGAAUCAGACUAUCUUCUUGCGGGGAUACUCCAUUUCUGUUCGUACCAAGAGGGAGGACAGCAUACUACGGUGGAUUCUGGGAUUGUCGAGAACACAGGAUGCGAUUCCAUACCACCCUCCACACGGGCCGGCUAGCGUGUCGGUUCAGCGGUUCCCGGCCCAAGGCAAGAUUGUCAAUCCCUCAGCGUCGAUAAACGAUCAUAUAUUGGACACUUACUGUGGCGCCACUGUUGCACUGACUCAUGAUCACUACAUGGGCAUGGUAAACAAUGUUCAAAAACCACUCAAGGCUGUAGAGCUCGCGAACGACUUCAUCCCCAAUACCGACCUAGUUUUCAUCACCAAAAGCUCAGGAACGAGCGGUGCAUGGAUAGCCAACCGAGGAUUUACAGAUAUACUCGGAAACCAACGCCGGAGGCUCGACUCGAAGGAUGCAGAAAUACUGGAAAAACUGACGCGUUGUGCGCCUGAACAGACUAAGGGUAUAAUAGGGCUACGGCCGCGUUUACCAGUUCGAACCCGAUUAACGCUAACGCUGAGGGAUGGUGAUACCCGGAGGUGGUGGAAAAAAGACGGCAAAAGAGUACGGUGAGACGGGCAUCCCACCUAGCUCCGCAAGUGUAUACUUGUGGAACCUGUAUAUGCUACACAAUUCAACAAAUCUCAGAGUCGGACGUGGUCCACAUCGGCAGGACGAGCGGAACUACCUAUAGAGGUUCAGUUGGUGUGGCGGAGAUGACCACUGAGUGAUAGUGCACCGAUGAUACUUGCGUUUUGCUUCCCUCCAGAAGCCACUUGUUGACAACGCCCAGGUUUUCGUAUGCACUCGGCUCGGAUAUUCAGGUGUCUCGCUUGCACACGGACCAUUCCUACCUGAUGAGUUCUAAUGAGGAACCCUAACGCUUUCA